GAGAUGUUCUUCGCCGGACCACCUCUGACUUAUCUGGGUGCGACACUUCUCUGGUCCAUGAAGUUACUCGUUCGCUGAUGCUGCGACACUUCACAUGCUCACAGCUCAAGAUGUGGCCGAUCUCCGACAACCGUCCCCGCACGCGAACGUGCACCUCGAAACCCUAACGCUGCCUCGCACCCGCCCACUUGCGCUUCGUGGCACGGUCCUCGUCCGGAAUUUGCACUUCGAGAAGCGCGUCGCCGUGCGGUUCACACUCGACAACUGGCAAACCACCAGCGAGGUUCUGUGUAGACACAUCCUGAACCUAGCAAGCCUGCCGUCGCUAGCCACCCAGAAAUCAUGCACGGUAGAUCUAACCGCGGAGAAUAUGGAUGGGCAGACAAAGGCGGGUGAGGGAAAAGGGAGUUGGGAUCGUUUCGGCUUCACGAUUCAGUUGGACUACGACCACCGGUUGGCCGACCACGCGCUCUACCUCGUCGUGAGUUACGCAUCUGGGACAGCCGAGUGGUGGGACAACGACGACGGGCAGAAUUACAAGAUCCGCUUUUGCCGCGCCUUCGUCGCCACCGCUCAAUCUCAAUAACGCGGGCGUUGUCAGGACGGGAUUGGCAGCUUUGGCACGGCAAUUGUGUAGCAGCGGACGUUCAGCACGCCGGCUCGACGCCGAUAACGAGCGAACAGCAUGCCGCCUACGCGGAGAGCCUACUGGCAUUUUCGCUGGCA